AUGAAGAAAACGAUCGUAAUUUUUUUCUUUUCCUUUUCCUUUUUAAUUUCCUUUCGCUUCGUGCUGUCUGAAAAGUUCGGCACCCAUAAGAAGAAAAAUUUGGACCAGGAAGCGAUGCACGCGUUGAUGAAGAAGCUGGAAAAUCUGUAUAGACUCAGCGAGACGGAUAAUAGCGAAGUUUUGAACAAAGAAAUUGAGUCGUUGAAAAAACAGAUUGACCAGUUGCACCAACAUGGUGGGGUAAUCGAAGGGGAAAAUCUUGGCCACCUUCUAGAAAGCGAAGCAGCAGACGAGUCAACCAAGAAGACCAUUUUCGGCAUGGACGAAGAUGACCUGGAUAACUACGAUGCGGACUUCACUGGACAGAGCAAAGGAAAAAUUAAGGGGCAAGCGGAUGCAGACCCAUCAGUUAAAGAUCCAAGCAGCACAGCAUCAAACGUACAAUCCCAAGCUGGAAGCGCUCAAGCAAUAGCCGCAGGUGUAGGAGGAACCAAUACACAAGCAGUACACACAGAUGGACAAUCCACUAUGCAGGAAGCGAAUCAACCUGCUGGACCAACACCUCCAGGAGACGCCACCGCACAGACCGAAAGAGUACGAGAACCCAACGUGAAGUACCUGGACAAGCUGUACGACGAGGUCCUGGAGACCCCAAACAGUGUCAACGCAAUACACACACAACCCUUCCACAGCAAGUACAACGAAUUCAGAAAGAAGUACGAGUUUACGAUGAAUGAGAGGGAGUACCAAAUUGUGAAAAAUCUUUUUGAUGUCUGCUUCAAAAAGGAAGGAGAACAGUCCAGCACCUCCUGUAUAGUUAAUAUGUUUAAAAAAGUGUUAGACGACAAAAAUUUUCAGAAAAAGUUUGACAAUUUUGUUCAAGGAUUUUAUGGCUUCGCCAAACGACACAACUACUUGAGAGGAGAAAGAAUGGCCAAUGAAAAUCUGUACAAAGAUAUUCUAAAAAAUGUCGUGAAUUUGUUAAACACGAUUGAGGUGGUGUAG